GUGACGCAGGGGAGACGCUGCUUCUGUUUUCCUGACACCGCUCAGGCCCACAGCGCCUCCCAGCGGCGGGGAGUGCAGCUGCUGAAUUGGCCGAGGCCCCACUCGACGUCACACAGUUCAAACAAACAACCACGUUAUAGUUGAUAUUUGUGUUAAACCACAAACAGCUAAUCACCAGGGUUUACUAGUGUUCACUACUAACGACACCACUAGUUCACCACUACUACUAACCACCACUAACAAGGACGAGUGAUAAGUGAUAGCUGUAUCUGCAGACAGACGAACAGGACGUACGGAGACGGAAGUGUGAUCAGGAUUUCUUCAAAAUGGACAGGAAACAUGAAGAAGAAGAAGGAGGAGGAGGAGGUCCAGACUGGGACUUGUGACUUGCAUGCUUCUUUAUGCAACACCACAGACUUAAGCGGCAGCCUGGCUUUCAGAGAGCGGAUGUGUUGCUGGUUUGUUGUAUGAAGCAGGCUCAGAUGAAAAUCAGCUGAAGGGGUAUUUGUAUGCGUGUGUGCGAGUGUGAGUGAAGGCACAGCUCAGUGACAGCAGCAUAAACCCAGUGUAACACAGCAGCGUGUCCUUCCCUCCCACAAGACUUGACUUAAAACCUCACACGCUGGCUGAUCAUAUGAUGCUGCUUUAGAGAGCCAGGAGGGGCUCACUCGCUUGGGUGAUUUUCUUCGUCUGUGAUCAGGAAGUGCACACAAGCUUUUGUGACAUUUCACUUGAAGUCUGUUGCUCUGUACAUGUGCACUGCAAUAUCGAGAUACUAGGAAAUUCAACAAAUGAUAACAAUGGGAUAUAAAAAAAAUGUGUGAUCUGUGAAUGGAGCCACUGGAGGUUGUAACAUGCCUCAGAGUUUAUGCAGCAGCACAAAAUGAUCUUUAUAUAGAAGAGGACAGCAAGGCAACAUUUACUGAUACAUCUUUCACCAAAACCCACGAAAUCUGAAAGAAAAUCCCAAAACCAAACAACAGAACAGACUGAGAGAGACUCUGAUGGAGGAGGAAAUCAUCUGCUCCUCUCUGCUACACAGUACAGAUUCAGUCCUGCAGCAGCCCCAACAAGACUCAUGGACCUCUGCGGGGCAUCAUUACAGUGAAGAACAGGAGAUCACAGUUUUGGAUGAGACAGAGACGGAUGGGGAGAUAAUCCAGGCACACGGGACAGAUGAACUCGCUCUGUCCCCAAAGACAGGACGAGAGACUCCUGAGGAGGCAGAACACUGGGAGCACAUAAUAUGUCCUGUACGUCCCAGUGCCCCACUGUCUUUCGCCACGGUACAGUGGGACAUGCCUGAUCCCUUUACAGAGAAGCCCUUACUGGUGACUGACAGCGGUUUGGCCAAUGAGCUGGACUCCAGUGGCAUGACGAGUCUAGGUACCACUUCCCCCUCACUUCAGCAAUCUGAAGAUGAUAUUGCUGAGCUUUUCAUUACGGCGGAGAGAGAGGAACAAGAUUGGUUUGAUUCACAGCUUCUGAGUUCGGAGUGGACAGGAAACAGCUCUGAGCCAUGUGAUGCUGCCAAUGUGCAAAAGCCGAUCGCACAGGAAAAGGAAGAUUCAACCCACGAGCUUAACGAAAUUCCUCUCGAGACUGACUCAGAAGAUGAGGACAGAUGCUCAGUAACCUCAGAUCCUGUUGAAACCUUGGACAUAAUCGAUACUGUGGGGGAGGCUGAAGGCUCAGAGGAUGAGGUGAACUGUCUCGUAGAUGAAAAGCCAGAAGAGGAACCAGAGGAGCUUAGCAUUCUGCUUACUGCACAGGGAGACUCAGAGGAACAGCAACAUUUAGUGAAUGGUGAAGAGAUUGAUGAAGAGGGCAAGGAGGGUCAAGAAGAAGAAGAGGAGCAGCGUGUGACAAACCUGUUUUAUGCUGGCGAAGGUGAAGAGGCGAAAGCUGUCAGUUGUCCGAGUGAUGUGGAGGUGUCUGCAGAGCCACUACAAAAUGAGGAUACUGGACUAACCCCAGAUAAGCUAAUUAAUUUGCAUCCGUCAGAGGAUGAAAUUCGUCACUCAGGGACCGAAGAGGACGUAGAGGUACAGGAACAGUUACACGAAGAUUCCACAGGUCGGACCGGAGAGACAGAAAUGUGUCAAGGUGUAGAUCAUAAAGUGGAACCUGAGAGGCCAGAAGCCGUCGACAACAGUGAAGAAGAAUUAAUGCAGGAGACAGAAAAUGCAGAGAAGAUAGAAAACUCACAAGAGAUACAAGAGCUGGAUGAAGAAUUGGAGGACAAAAGUUGUUUGGAGCUACAAGAUUGUGAAGAGACAACUUCACCACACCCUGAACGAUCUGAGUGUGAGCAGCUGGAAAUGAUCAAAGAGCCUGAGCCUGCCCAAGCAGAGGAGGAACACUCUGACCAGUUAGGAUGUCAACAUCUGAAGGAGUCGCCAGAGAUGGAACUAACAAACCAGUCAACCCGACCUGAAACUGCAAUGCAGACAGAGGAGUGUACUCAGUCAGAUGGGACAGUUUGUGUUGAAGCCAAAGACACCGAAGUCCCAGACCAGCAGCAGCAGACGGAGCCGCCCGAGCAGAAUGAGCAGUCACCGCGAUCGACUGAUGUGUCUCAUCCGACAUUUUCUGAGCACCAUGUGCUAUCAGAGGACUCAGAUGAGUCAGAAAUAACAGAGCAGCUGUCUGCAGAGACUGAGGUCACACAGCAGACAGCAGAGGCAGCAGAGGCAGCAGAGUUACAGCAGGUGGGCUCGCCCACGUUACAUCAGGCUGAUGAAUUAAAAGGUCCUGAGGAUGGAGGUGCGCGAACAGUGAUGGCGAAUGGAGAGAAACACAAGCUCCCUGAGACGCCCACGCGUCAUAUGAACGGUGGUGAGGUGGACAGAGAGAUGGCCCGCAGCCUCGCUGAACGGCUGUUUAAGCUGGACGGGAUCCAACCUGUAGAUGUGGUGAAGCACUUAGAUAAAGAUAAUGAAUUCAGUCAUGCUGUCGGAGAGGAAUACCUGAAAUUCUUUGACUUUACUGGGCAGACUCUGGAUCACGCCCUGAGGUCUUUUCUGAAAGUGGUGGUACUGAUAGGAGAGAGCCAGGAGAGGGAGCGUGUGCUGCAGCAUUUUGCCUGCCGCUUCCAUCAGUGCAACCCUGAUGCCUUCUCCUCUUCAGGGGCUGUGUUGGCUCUGACGUGUGCUUUAAUGCUUCUCAACACUGACUUGCAUGGGCAGCAUGUGGGAAAAUCCAUGUCCUCCUCUAAGUUUGUGUCCAACCUGGAUGGGAUGAACGAAGGUGAAAACUUCAGCAAGGAUCUCCUGAAAAGUCUUCAUAAUUCCAUCAAGAGUGAGCCGCUGGAAUGGGCUGUGGAUGAGGACAUGUUGAAGAGCUCUGUGUUGCUGGAAGAAGAAGUGGGAGAUGAUGCGCAGCUCCGCUCGACAGCCAACCCCUUCCAAGUUGUUGCUCACGACAAAAACGCCUCAGUGGUCAAAGAGGGAUUCCUACUUAGAAAACUCCACGCAGACAUCGACGGCAAACGCACUCCAUGGGGGAAAAGAGGCUGGAAGACUUUCUAUGGAGUCCUGAGGGGAAUGGUUCUGUACUUACAGAAGGAUGAUUACAGGAGGGAUCAGCAGAUGAAUGAGGAGGUGGUGAGUGUGCACCACUCGGUGGCUGAGCAGGCAGUCGAUUACACAAAGAAGCCGCAUGUGUUACGUUUGCAGACGGCUGAUUGGAGGGUUUUCCUAUUUCAGGCCUCAUCUAAAUUGGAGAUGAAGUCUUGGAUCAACCGCUUCAACCUGGUUUCGGCUCUCCACUCAUCGCCUCCGUUUCCUGCUGCUGUCGGCUCCCAGAGGAAGUUCUUCAGGCCGAUCCUUCCCGCCUCGCAGUCUGCCCACACUCUGGAACGUCAGUUGCAGUUUCAUGCAGGAAAGCUUGAGUCCUUCAAAGCCGACCUGUUGAACCUGCAGCACAAUGCUCCAGAGAGCCGAAAAGCCAGAGCCAAGGAGCUGGAGGGGCAUCGAGUCAGAGCAGAGUACCUGCAGUACGAGAUGUGUCGCUACGAGAUCUACAUCCAGGUGCUGGAGGCUUGGAAGAAGGUGGAGAAGACGGGCAACAAUGCAUUGAGCACUGCAGAGCUGAACCUGUUUGAUAAAGCCCUGUGUGCAGACUCUGUGGGGGACGAAGAGGAUGGCGGACUGAAAAAGUCCUACUCCAGCCCUUCUCUGGAGCAGGACAUCACUCCCACAGUGGUCAAAGUCAGACGCAACAUCUCUGAAAGACGGACGUAUCGCAGGACUAUCAUCCCUCGGUGGAAUAAAGAGGCCUGAGAGGUAUUCUUACUCAGAGACUGCUGACUUGACUUCAGUUGUUUUAGGUUGUGGAAGCACUGAACACAGAAGCAGGGAAGACACCCAAGUUAAAUUUAAAAGCCAUCUGGGCAAGUUGUGUAGAUUUAUUUGCAUUUUUAUCCUGUGCACUUUUUCAAGAAAUUUACCUCAGGGAAUCCCCAACUCUCAAGACUCUUUUACUAUUGAGGGGAGAACCUGACACUUCUGUUGAGUGACUCAUAAUGUCUGCUCCUAAUUUAUUUAGUUGUCUUUAAAACAAAAAACAAAAUUUCUUUGUAUUAAAACACAAAAUGGUACAAAAUCUGUUACAUUUGAAAUGUCACACUUUGGGCAACAGUUGUGCCUUUUAAAAUGCAAACCACAAGAGGGUGCUGUAGUACAGGACAUGUGUGAGUGAAUGUCGGGGACAGGCCGUUCUGUCAGAAACUUGUUUUAAUAAUUGCACUUUUGCUGUUCUUAAUAUUUUUGCAUCCAUCGUUUGUUGCCACUGUUUCAUACUUUGUUCAUAUGAAGGAUUUAUUUCUGAAAUGUUAUGUUUUUUUCUCUGUAGGAGAAA